GCGAAGCACAGCGAGAGAGCUGCUAACGGGGUGGCUAAGCUAACCGUAGCGCUCUGUUGCCUGAGGUUUCCUCGUCAUUUCCACAGUUUUAUAAAGUUUCGUUGAAAUGUAUAUUUGACGUUCAACGGAACCUGAAUCUGUCUGUCCCGCUAAUCGUCACGCAGUCAAACUCCCCGUCCGUCAGUGCUGUUAUCGUCGUGGAGAAAAGCUAGCUAGGUUAACGUUAGCUACCAAACUACCAUGAAGAGAACCGAUUACCAGCCGAGGCCAACGGCAGGCUGUCUGUCUGUACCAUUAUUUAAUCAAAAGAAAAGGAGCAGAUUGCCUUUGACGUCCAGACCCUCUGAGAAUAAAAUGUACCCUGGUGGUGAUUUCAUGCAAACGCACAACCUAACUUCAGGCUCUCAUUCAGCCGGUAGCAUAGGGUAUGGUCAGGCAUCAACAAAUCGUCCACCUUUAGCCCAGAGACAUGAAUGGAAUCAGCAAGCUAAUCCACAACCUGAGCCAAAAAAGGCUUGGCCCACUACUUCUUCUGGCACAACAGGACAGGGAUAUACACCUAUACCUCACCCAUAUAAACCUCCCUAUGCUAGGUCACAGACAGGGCCACAGAGACCUCAAGGUAAACAGGAUUCCAUGGCAACGACUCAAGGCUUCAGACAGGAUGGAUUUCCGAAUGCCAGUGGAACCAGUCAGGCCCAUCCUAGACCAUUCAUUGGCAAGCAACCCAUGAAGCAACAGUCUUUCACCAGUCAGACAAAUUCAGCCAGAGUGUCUUUUACCCCUCAGCAAGUUCUGUCUGCUCCAACAUGCAGCCAGGGAGCUGGGGCUCAUCAGAACGCCCAUUGGAAGUUCAAAACUGUUGGCCAUACGACUGGUGGAAUGUGGGUUGAGGAUACAUUUGGCACUUCAGGAACUGAGAGCAAUUUACAGCAGCAGAAGUCUUCAAGGCUGGAAACAAAGCCAGCAAUUAAGAAAUCCCUGCGAAUCCUCACAGCUGUCAUUGAGGGCAUGAAACAUUGGAGCCAGUUCAACGACAAAGUGCCUAUGUUGUUUGAGAUUUUUGCCACUCUUGACUCUGCAGUCACUGUUGGAAAAUAUGGUGCUAAGAACUUCCUUAUGCGGGAUGGAAAAGAUGUGGUGCCUUGUGUAUACUAUGAAAAUGACCAGGUGCUUCCUAGGCUGAUUCGUGGGCAGGUGCAUCGCUGCGUAGGAAACUAUGAUAGACACACGAACGUUCUUACAUGUGUGUCAGUGCGGCCUGCUUCUUCCUCAGAGCAGAGAAACGCCCAGGAGGCUGUGAGGACGUCAGACACAGAGAUGAGAAAUGUGGUCCAGGCACUUACUGAAAUGUAAUUCGAAGAGGUAGUGAAGGGACAGGAUUGAGUACGAGAAUUUUUAAGUCGAUGUACAAGUUGACUUUGUUUCAUUAGUUCAAAGAUGAAGAAUAUUAUACAGGUUCAUAUAAAGCAGUACCAAAAAUCAACACACAGUUCCUCUCAAAUCAGCAUACAGUUUUGUUUUUUGUUGAAGCAUGAAGUUGUUUUGUUUUUUUGUUGUUUUUAAAUACAAUUUGUCUUA